AUGAAAAACAACCAUCAUAGAAGAACAAAAUCUAGUGGCAACUACUUUCCCAUAUAAACAGAAUUUCUAGUUUAAGAUGAUGAUAAUGAUACUAAUGAAACAAAGGAAAUUAUUAAAAAAAUUUAACAACAACCAAUACUCCAUCAUUAGAUAGUUGAAAAACUAGAUGAUCAAAAUUAUGGGUUAUUCAAUGCGAUGUUCAAUUUUGGUUAGAUGAAAUUUAAACCAAAAUAAUCAUUAGAUCUUAGUACUAUUACAGAGUGCAGCUGUAUUACUUGUAUUUAUAUUGUUAGCUACACCUUCCACUAAAGAUGCUAAACCAAAACACAGAAAAUGUGGUAGUCAACAACAAUAAGCCAAUAAAUAACCAAUACGACAUACACAUAGUCAGAGUCUAUAAAUUUAAAGGCUUGAGAAAGAAUUAGAAUAGAUGAAAGUAUAACAGGCAGAAAUAUAAAAUGUUAACAUGAUGCUUAUUAUUGAAAUUCAUAAAUCCAGAUAAGAGCUUUAGAUAUCUUAAUAAGUAUAAAGUAAUCAAUAUUCUAGAAAAAUGAAGUCAUUCUUUAGAGAAUAAUGAAAUUAGAAAAAAUGCUUAGAGAUGACUAAAAAUUAUCAUCCACCACUAAUGAUAGUCUAGAAUUUUCCUGA